AUGGUAAAAGAUGGUUCCGCGCCGCACCUGCUCCUUGUUCAUCAACCUGCGCCCGCGUUAGUGCUGGACCACGCUGGCACCGUCAUCGCUGUCAACGAUGGCAGUCUCCGCCUGAUCUCCCCCCUACGUCAGAAUGCUGCUCAUGUCACAGAAAGCGCCUUGAUUGGCAAGAACAUUGCUGAUAUUAGUCUUUUCCCACUCCCUGGAGUUUCCCCCGUUUUCUGGACUUGGAACGACAUUUUGGCUGCUGCAGUCGACGCUGGCAAAGUGAUUGAUGACGCUUGGCAAGAGGAUGACAGGCAAACACCUCGAAUUGGUACGGUAGAAGCUUACCAAGACAGCGAAAACUUCUGGGAUGAGGAAGCUGAACGACAGGCAAUCAUCGAAACGUAUGUUUACGUUCCACGUUAUGCUGGCGGUACAGUUGAAGCUACUGCGAAAGAUGAGCCAAGCGAACCCAGUGUGAUCAGAGCCCGUGCAACUAUACGGUGGUAUCCGUCCCAGGACAAUGGGUCACAUCUGAUCGUAUUGCAUCGGACAACCCUGCCGUAUGGAACAGCGCCUACAUCGCCAGCAGCUGUCAAGGCUGCACAACACAAUUUCCAAAACCUUGUGAUAACGCCUCCAUCAUCCACGACCCCCACUGGCCAGCGGUCUUCAAGCCAUACGCCUUACUUUGGUCUUGACUUGUCAGAACCUGAUACGACGGACAUCGCUUCUGCUAUCAUUCCACAUAUCGUGGCCACCUUGGAUACCGACGGUAAAGCCAUCAAACUGUCGAGAUCGUGGUAUCUUUUUUCUGGAAUGACCGAAGAGCAGAGCCUGGGUGACGGGUGGAUUUCGGCCAUGCACGCAGAGGAUGUGACUGAAAUGACCAAAGCAUGGGCCAAUGUGGUCGAACACGGCCUCUCUCACUGGACACACCAAGCCAGGUAUAGAAGAGCUGUAGACGGUACAUACUGCUGGUUCUUGAUCCGCGCGGAGCCUCACAGAGAUGGCAGUGGAAAAAUACUCCGUUGGUAUGCCUCGAUGAUGGAUAUUCAUGAAUGGGUUGUGGCUCGACUCAAGGCAGACAUACGACGUCAAUCGAUCAUUACACUUUUCGCACAGACCGAUGUGAUGCUCUGGGGAAUCGACAAAUCCAAUCAAAUGUAUAUUUGUGAGGGUAGACUCAAAUGGGACCCGAACCGUGUUGUGAAACUUAUGGAAUCCGCGCUUCGCGAGCAACAGGCAAGCCGAGACGAUUCAACCGAGAAUACAGUCCGCAAUGCAGAUCAAGAGUUGGUUCAUACGAUUCAGAGGGUGCUGAAAGGACGUGGAUUUAGCCCCGUCGUCGAGCAUUGGGAAGAUGAUCGCUACUUUCGAACUCGCUUUGUCGCUGAGCAUGUGCCUCCGGGUAUUGACGCAAGUACUACAAGCGAGGACGUGGUGCAAGCUGCCUUAGCACUUACCUUUGAUAUCACAGAAGAGAAGGCUCGCUCAAUACUGCUCACGGAGAACAAACAACUCAUCGCGAAGGAGAAGGCUGCUCUUGAUGCGAGUAACUUGAAGAGUAGAUUUCUUGCCAAUAUGUCGCAUGAAAUCCGCACUCCAAUAUCGGGUAUCAUCGGACUCAGCGAACACCUGUCCGACUGUGGUCUCAACGAAGAACAGCUAGAGUUCAGCAAUUCCAUUGAAGAAAGCGCAAAGUUUCUUCUCACUCUAGUCAAUGACGUCCUGGAUUUCAGCAAGAUGGAGUCAGGGCACAUGGAUGUCGAAUCGAUUCCCUUCUCGCCCCUAAAGAUUAUCAGCGAUACCUUGAUUCCGCUGCGGCUCCAGGCCAAGGAACGAGGUCUCGCGCUGACAUUUGACUGCAAAUUGGAACCAGGCGCAAUGUUCCUCGGCGAUCCAUGGAGACUACGGCAAAUCCUCACCAACUUGAUUGGAAACAGUCUCAAGUUUACACAGCAAGGCCAAAUUGAUCUGAGCGUACGGAGUGCUGACUUGAAGGACAGCACGAUGGUUCUGCAUUUUGCCGUGCACGACACUGGCAUGGGCAUCACCGAGGAAGUCCUGGAUGGUCUCUUCACGCCCUUUAGCCAGGCCGACGGCUCCACAGCCAGACUGUACGGCGGUACGGGUCUUGGCCUUGCAAUAUGCAAGCAGCUAGUCGAGCUCAUGGGAGGCCAAAUCUCAUUGGCGUCGACCUGGGGACAGGGCACAACCGCAACCUGCAAGAUCCCAUUCAAAGUCUACCCCGGCUCAAAUGACGACCUGAUAACCACGGCUACACCAACCGGCCGCCUGAGGUCACAAAAUUCAGAAACAGCCGUCGAUCCCAAGACAUCUCACUUCCAAAGCUCUUCCACCUCCACUUCCAACAACCCCAGCACCAACCCUCCAAACCUCACCCUAAAGAACCACAUCCUCCUCGUAGAAGACAACCCAAUAAACCGCAAAGUCAUCUCCCUCGCCCUCCAAAAACUCGGCUACAUCGUCACCGCCGUCUGCGACGGCCAACAAGCCCUCGACUACCUCUGCACCUCGUCGCCACACCCGCCCCCCCACGCCCUCCUCAUGGACUGCAUGAUGCCCAACGUCGACGGCUACCAGGCUACCCGCCGCAUUCGCACUGACGAAACCCUGUUUUCCGAGUCGGUGCGCCGGUUGCCGAUUAUCGCGCUCACGGCGAGUGCGAUUAAGGGCGAUCGCGAGAAGUGCUUCGAGGCGGGGUUUGAUGAUUUUUUGACCAAGCCGGCGGCGAGGGAUGAUUUGAAGAGGACGCUUUUGAGGUGGUUGGGUGGGGGGAGGCGGGGGUGUGGGUGA